GUAUCUACCGAGAACCCCACGGGUGGAUCCCCAUCUGGGAUCUGCCCCGCCCCCCAACCCUGACCUCCAGAGCUCAAACUCAACAGAACCCCCCACUGAUACCUCUAACCCGCCCUCUGUCCCCAAACUGUCAUCAUCCCUGGGUUUCCAGAAAGACCCGAGGUAGCAGCCAUUAUGAUGCAUUUCCUGAGGCCACACACUGAACCAAGACCAGAAUGUGUAUUGAAUAAAUUUAAUCGUAAUUUGCUAUUAAUAGCUAACACUAAUUGAGCGCCUGCUGUGUGCCCAUCCUCUCCUUAACUGCAUGAUAAUUUACUUGCUUAUCUUGUUGAUCGGCUCUUUCUCACUUCCAGAAUCUAAUCCUCCCAAGGGCAGGGAUUUUAGUCUAUUUUGUUCGCUGCCACUUCCCCACCCCCACACCUCCCACCUUCCUUCCCCACACCCAUCACAAUGCCUGGCACGCCAGGAAAACUCUGGAAAUAAUGCAUGAAAAUUAAAUAAUAAUAAGAAUGCCUAACAUUAACCAAUCCCCUUCUGCAUGUUUAUCACCUAUUGAGAUACAUUUUGCUGAUUCCCCUUUGUUGUCUGUUUUCCUGACUAGAAUGACAAGUUCCUGGCAGCCAGGGUUUGGUAACAAUUUUCCCAGUUGUUUGUCCUUGCCACACAGUAGGUUCUCAAUAGCUGUAUGCAGAAUAGGUAAUAAAGGCUAAAUUCUAAUGUUAAUGGAUAGCUGACCUCAUAAUUUGCUGAUUUACUUGGUUUAUUGUCUCCACCUUUUAGAAUACAAACUCCCUGGGGGCAGGAAUGUUGCUCAGCUUAUAAUAUGUGAUGGGGCACUAUGUGGGGCUUGGGGAUCAAUCAACAGUGAUACAAAACCAAAUAAAAACUGACCAAAAUCCCUGCUCUCCCUCCUCCGGAACAGGGAGGGACUGCUAAUGGGCAGGAGAUUUCUUUUCCGGGUGAUGGAAAUAUUUUAAAAGUAGAUUAUGGUGAUGGUGGGGGCGCAUGCGACUCCAGACCUCGAGGUUGUAGGUUCGAGUCGCGUGUUGGGUGUAGAGAUUACUUAAAGGGAAAAAAAAAAAAAAAAGAUUAUGGUGAUGGUUGCAGAACAGUUGAAUAUACUAAAAAACAGUGAAUUGUGCACUUUAACUGGAUUAGCUUUAUGGUCUAUCAAUUAAAAGUAAAUAAAACUUUUUAAAAUCACUGCCUUCACAUAGAGGGAAUGAGACAGAAAUUAAGCAACAUAAAUAAUGUAUAUAGCAUAUUAGAGGGUGAUUCGCACACACCUAGGCCCUUAGGGAAAGUGAUGCGAUGCCACCCAACUGUCCCCUUGCCCCCAAAUGGUCUUGCCUAACCUACCCCCGUCCCCAUUGUCUUUUCUUCUCUUUCCCUCGUAGGGUCUGGUGUUCACAUCCCUUCCCUGAGCUGCCCACGGGGUAAUGGCACUGCCAAGAAAGCCUAACAUGUUUGAUCUGGGCCUGGGCACGUGGAGCCUUAGCUCCCAGGAGGAGAGCCAGAGGGCGCAGGGACCCCCCAAGGGUGUCAGCAAGCAGCUGCCUGAGUACAAGGCGGUAGUGGUGGGCGCGAGUGGCGUGGGCAAGAGUGCGCUCACCAUCCAGCUGAACCACCAGUGCUUCGUGGAAGACCACGACCCCACGAUCCAGGAUUCCUACUGGAAGGAGGUGGCCCUGGGCCACGGGGGCUGCAUUCUGAAUGUCCUGGACACGGCAGGGCAGGCCACCCAUAGGGCCCUGCGUGACCAGUGUGUGGCGAUCGGGGAUGGUGUGCUGGGGGUCUUCGCCCUGGAUGACCCCUCGUCUUUAGCCCAGCUGCAGCAGAUGCGGGCCACCUGGGGCCCUCACCACACCCAGCCCCUGGUCCUUGUGGGCAACAAGUGUGACCUUGUGACCAGCACCGGAGACGCUCGUGCGGCCGCUGCAGCCCUUGCAAAGAGCUGGGGAGCCCCCUUCGUGGAGACCUCAGCCAAGACGCGGCAAGGUGUAGAGGAGGCCUUCACCCUGCUCAUCCAUGAGAUCCAAAAGGUCCGGGAGGCCAUGGCAAAAGAGGCCGUGGCAGGGCCAGGUGGGGAGAAGGGCCGGCACGAGAAGGCCAUGUGCCGCUGCGGCUGCUCCGUGGCCUAAAGAUCUUGGUCAAGAAAAGCGGCCCUCCCCCAGGCCAGGGUGGUGGUUCCUAGACAUGCAACCUCGGGAGCAGCUAGCUGUGUGGGGACACUGUUGGUGUACGGGGGAUAGAUGAAUCCCUCUCUCUCUCGGGGAGUUUUUUGUUUGGUGAUGGGCAUCUGAUAAUGUAGGGCAUAGUACUGGUUACUGUUGAGCUAAGAGAUUUUGUGCAAAAAUAAAUGGUGU